AGUAUGCCUUAAAGGACGUAGCUUGAUUUGCCUGUCACACAAACGUGGGUAAAUCCACACCCAACACCUCUGCACUGUAGAAUAUCCACAAAUUGGUAAACCUAGGAAGUAAGCCUCAGGAGCCACUAUGGCCUCCAUACGGUCAGGAAAGCUUUUCAAAAGGUUCAGUUUUGUCAAGUUUUUUUCUCUGCUGUUGCUCGGAGCGGGGUACUUGACAUAUGUCCUCAUUGGAGGGAUCGUUUUCUGGAAGCUGGAAGGAGACCAGGUAACGAGUGACAUUGCUCAGCUAGAGGUGAAGAAAAGAAAGCUUCUCCAGGUUUAUCCAUGUCUUGGACAAAGUGGUCUUGAGGAACUGGGAGAGUUUAUGCUGGAGAUAUCUAAGAAUGGGAUGAGUCUGAAAAAUAACCACACAGCCGGAGGUUUCUGGAAGUUCACCAGCUCAGCAGUGUUUGCUGCCACAGUGGUGACAACUAUUGGCUAUGGGAACAUCAGCCCUAGUACGAUGCCUGGUCAGAUGUUUUGUGUGAUCUUUGCCAUUUUUGGAAUCCCACUUAACAUGGUGGUCCUGAACCAAGUGGGCAAGUACAUGCUGGCCAUCGAAAGAAAUUUCUGCACUUCGAUUGCGAAAAAGACCAGCCACCAGAAAUGUGUUCUGGUGUCACUCCACUUUGCAUCAUUCAUUGGCUCGGCAGCCCUCUAUUUGGUGGUCCCUAUGUUAUUUUUUCAUGCGUAUGAAGGCUGGACCUAUGCACAGGGCAUCUACUAUUGCUUUAUCACACUCAGCACAGUAGGUUUUGGAGAUUUUGUUGCAGAUUAUAACCCUAACAAGGAUUACCCUGACUGGUACGGAUGCAUCUUGGGAGUUUGGAUAUUUUUUGGCAUGGCUUGGCUGGCUUUACUGAUCAAUCACACUAUUGACCUUCUGGGGCACUUAGAUGCUUACCUUAAAUCUGGGAAAAACAGUGGCAAGACAAACAAGUCACAAGACCAGGAGCUACCAGAGACACAGCAGAAAGAUCCUGAAGAAGAGAAAACAGAUGAUGUCUGUGAAUGAUCUGUUCAUGCAGGACACUUUGGUCAAUGCCAACAUGCGCACACACACACACACACACACACACACACACACACACAUACAGAUCAGACGUACUGUAUAAUAGGAUGUAAAAAUCUCACUUACAGUCUCUACAGUUUGCACACUUGGUAGAUAAGACAAUAUAUUAUAUUAUACUGUAUAUGUGCUCUUUGUCCACAAAGAUGUCUCGUCUAGUUUUAAAAUUUUAUAAACAAUGAAGGAUCAUUCCAGAUUUUGUAUAGUUUAGUCUAAGCCACGUUUCUGGCUCCCUCUUAUUAUUUUCCACUACCACUACUAACUGUGUUCUUACCACUAACCAAUGAAUCAGAUGUCACUCUCUGGCAUUGACCAACACAUUUACAUAAACAGCUAAGUAACUUGCGGUCAGAUAUGACUUUAUAGUUAUUGCUGCCGUCCACUUACAACUGGAAUGUCUACAACUAUUUUUGGAUUACAGUAUCUUUUUUAAAGGCUGUGUGUGAAUGCUCCCUAAAAUUCUGUAGAUAUUCAGCACCAGUAGCAGGACUGACUGGUGACCUGUAUCGCCAAAUAGCAACAACGUCCACAAGAGGGCAUAGCGAUUUCAGCUAUUCUUACAUCCUCUUUAACUCCUAAGGAUGAAUGUAUUUUAAGGUUUAAGGCUCAUUUUUCUUUGUAUCAGUCCGUGUUCUAUAUAAAAUGUUAAUUUUACUCAUACAUUAUUAUUGUAUUAUUUACUCAUACUUUAUUAUAUUAUUAUUAUACUAUACAUUUUAUUAAAU